AUGCCACCUAAGAAUCAAUCGAAUAGCAAAGUCCAGAAGAUUAAAUCAAAACUAAAAUCAAAAUCAAAAUUGACAUCGAAAUCGACAUUGAAAUCGAAACCGAAACAUGGGUCAUCCCUGUUGUCCAAAUCGAAAUCAAAAUCCACCAAAAUGAAACUAGAUAAACUAAAUGCUGAUAUUACUGAAUUCAAUGAAGUAACUCAAUUACUUGAACAAACAUCAAAGAAAGAAGGAACGAGUACGAGUACUACAAAGGAUAGUGUAAAGUCCUUGAAACUGAUUAAAGAAGAUUAUGUCAAAGAUGAGGAAACAAAGCAAAAGAAUCAAGCUGCUAAUGAGGAAAUGAAGAAACAGAUGAAAUUAUUGAGUGAUAUUGGAUUAUAG